CCACGAAUAUCUCGAUUUCUCAUACAAUUCCACACACUCAGACUCAACUGCCGAUGUCCAUAGAGAAUUUGAAGUCGUUCGAUCCUUUUGCUGAGGCAGACGAGGAUACCGGUGAAACCAAACAGUCGCAGAAUUACAUCCACAUUCGUAUUCAGCAGCGUAAUGGACGCAAGACUUUGACGACUGUCCAAGGUCUACCCAAGAAGUUCGACCAGAAGAAGAUCCUCAAGGUCAUCAAGAAGAAGUUCGCUUGCAAUGGCACCAUUGUCGUCGACACUGAGAUGGGCGAGGUGAUCCAGCUUCAGGGCGACCAGCGCAAGGAUGUUCAGGAAUUUCUUACCGACAAGAAAGAGGGUUUGGAACUUGAUGCCAAGACUAUCAAGGUCCAUGGUUUCUAAGAAAUCGUCGUCUCGCCCCACGAGCCAUCGUCGCGAGGAGCCUCGAUAGAAGAGUCAUACUCGAAUUAUUCGUUGCCUUCUUGCCCCGCCUACCUCACACGAUGACGUCGAAUUAUAUCGUAUUUACGAAUUGCUUCGAAGGGGCCGAUGAUACCCGCAUUCUUCAUAGAACGCACUCAUAACGGGAUUGGUCUCGGUGGAAUGGUUUUCUGGUUUUGCUAUCGAGUCAGGAUUUGCGAUCGCUUUCUUUACAGCAUGUGUACUUGCAAGAGUCUUGGCUGGCCUGCGCUUUCCUUGAGGACUGGAGGCUCUGCAAUGACUUUGACAGCCAAUAUGAAUAAUGCACAACGAACGAACAUUGCAAUUACUUCUGCUCUCAAACUGUGACUUUUUUUCUGCAUUGUUUCAUAUAUAAGUACCAGCCAUCCUCAGCUUUCCCACGCCUAACUUCGCAAACUCCCAGCCUUGCUUGACAAACAUGAAUAACGG